AUGACGAGCAAAGAUCAAAGACGUUCUUUGUCAAAGGCAAAGCAGCCGUUACAGGAAAAAACUAUAUCUACGAGGGAUGGUAAAAUGCUUGAUUGGGUCUUUCUGCAACGGAAGGAAUUUCCAAAUCGCAGAUUUUAUUUUGACGACAGUAUAAAAAUUACUAUGAAAAAAAAUAUGAUAGGUGGUAUAAAGAUGCUUGGAGCUGCAGUUGAGCCAUUUUAUGAUGUUGAGAAAGUUACUCAUAUAAUUACCGCAAGGUUAUUCAAAAACGAAAACAAUGAAAACAAAGAGGACGAAAUAAAACGAUGUAUUAACGAAACUGUGGCCGCCGCUACACAAUCCUUGCUCAAAAAGCAUACCUCGACAGCAACACCCAAAACUUCUACAAAGAGGUCUUUUGGUACAAACAUAACUAACAAAAACGUCAUGCAAAAUGACACCACAAAGAAAAGGGCGAUGGGAGACAUCGAUCUUGCUGAUGCGCAAAGAAGAGGGAUUAAGAUUUGGCAUGUUGAUAAAUUUAAAAAGAUUCUUAGCAGAUUGCUCGAUACAUCAUCGGUUGAUCCGCCGAAAGUGGAUCAUUCAUUCCUACAGUCUUCAUCGACUGAUGUUGCAAAACCUGCUAAAAAUCAAAUUUUUUCAAUUAUAGUUGGUGAUAGUGCACAUCUUCAUCGACCUAUAAUUUCGCGACAGUACUUGGGUGAAGAGCAUCUCAUAAGCUUUCAUUUUGAUAUACCCUAUACAGUGUCCCCAUUUCAAACCUAUUCCAAAAAGAAAUCAAUUCAAACUAAGCUUUCUGCAAGUUUAAGUGUCGCUAACAAUGCAGUGCCUGCAAAUGCGCAAGCAAAUCCACCUAAAGAUGGUGACCAAGAACAGCGCGAAAAUGAAGUUAAAAGAAUUGUCUUGCCACUUAAAGAUGAAUCUGGAUAUUGUGAAUACUGUUCGGUUAAAUAUGAAAGCCUUGCACAGCAUCGUCAAUCGUUUACCCAUGUUGAGUUCAAACGGGAUAACUCGCGUUUUAAAGAUUUAGAUGACCUUCUUAUGGAAUUAUAG